AUAUUUCUUCGCUCCUGUGCGAAGUAUUUCGGGCCUGCUUUCGUUCUGAAUGUGGCCUAUUUCUUUAGUUUCUAUACUAUUUCUAGCAGGUCUAUAUCCGCUUAGCUCCACUGAGGAGGCAUCAAAAACUAACGCUCCUUCUUUCGUUGUUGAUUAUGCUAAGGAUCAAUUCCUGCUCGAUGGUGAACCUUUUCGCUAUAUUUCUGGAUCUAUUCACUAUUUUCGGGUGCCUCCGUCAUAUUGGAAAGACAGAUUAUAUCGAAUACGAGCCCUAGGUUUCAACGCCAUCCAAUACUACAUCCCCUGGAACUUUCACGAGAUCUACGAAGGAAAGUUUGAUUUUUCUGGAUGGCGCAAUUUCACCGAAUUUUCUCUUACUGCACAAGAUCUAGGCUUGUACACCAUUCUGAGAAUCGGCCCUUACACCUGCGGCGAAUGGGAAAACGGCGGUUUUCCAUACUGGCUUCUGAAUAAGGAAGGCAACAAACCACGUACGAGUGAAAAAGGGUUUAUGAAAGCUGUCGAAAAGUUCUUUAAAGUAUUACUCCCUGUCAUAAAGCCACUGCUACGGAGAAACGGUGGUCCUGUGCUGAUGCUGCAAAUUGAGAAUGAGUACGGUAGCACCGCCUUCUGCGACAGAACCUAUACGGCCUGGCUCCGGGACUAUGUUCGCGGUCAUCUUGGCAACGACACUGUAAUUUACACAACUGAUGGAGGAGCAGAAAGUUAUCUGAAGUGUGGAGCAGUACCUGACACAUAUCCUACUGUCGAUUUUGGUCCAACUUCUGACGAGAAUAUUAAAGCGGCAUUCGAAGCCCAACGAAAAUACAUGCCUAAUGGGAGAGGACCCAUAGCAAACUCGGAGUUCUACCCAGGCUGGUUUGUGCUAUGGGGAGCGAAAUCUGCUCAUGUCCCGACAGUCGAUGCUAUCAUGAAAUCGGCAAAGUAUAUGUACAGUUUGGGAGCAAGUUUCAACUUCUACAUGAUCCAUGGUGGCACCAAUUUUGCCUUCUGGAAUGGUGCUUCCACAAAUGCUCCAGACAUUACAUCCUAUGACUACUUUGCCCCAAUAUCUGAAGCUGGCGACGUUAACGAGAAAUAUUUGGCUAUUCGUACAUGGAUCAAGAGCCUUCCCAAUUGGAAGAAUAAGCCCUUCGACGUUCCAGCUAACAACAAAAAGACCGCUUAUGGCAAUGUCGAAAUGAGGCCACUGAACAUUCUUAGCGCUAAGAAUGAUGCCUGCGUAAAGUCAGUGCAUCCAAUACCUUUCGAACAUCUUCACCAGCCAUUUGGAUUUGUCCUCUACUAUAAGAAAUUGGAAAGAUGUGGCAACACCUUAAAAAUCAGUCUUCUGAAGGACUUCGGAUAUGUGUUCCUAAAUAUGCGUCACGUUGGAACACUGAUACACUCCUUUUACGGAAAGUCCCAGCAGUCGGUAGAACUGAAAGGUUGCAAACCUCACGACACACUUGCUAUUCUGGUUGAAAAUACGGCACGCUUGACAUCUGGAACAGAAAAUGAUACGAAAGGCAUACUUUCGGAAGUGCAUCUUGAUGGCGAAGUUCUGAAAGGAUGGCGACAAUGCAAGUUGGCACUUCCGAUAACACUCUCAAGGAUAAAUUAUGCCGAUUCGCAACGAGCGGGUGAGCCCGGAUUCUACAUCGGAAGCUUUAUGGCAAAGGAAGCAACGGACACCUUUUUGAACACAACCGGAUGGGGUAAAGGAGUCGCUAUGCUCAACGGCAACAACUUGGGGCGAUAUUGGCCCUUACAAGGCCCUCAGCACACACUGUACGUUCCGGCUGAAUUCGUUCGUGCCGGACAAAACACACUGACACUGAUGGAGCUGGAAGGAGUGAAGACUUGUCAGAAAAAUGUCUGCAAUACUUCGUUCAUAGAUCAGCCAGUGUUUAUCUGGGAGCAGAUUUACAACCAUGGAGACUUCUUCAAUGGUCGAAGGAGACAGAAGGGCUUCAACAAAAAAUAA